UGAGUCUAGUAUGUGUAGUAGAUAAUGACACUAGAAAAACAAGACGUUUAUGCUCAUUUUCUCUCACAAGUCACUCACAACCUUCUCUCUUAUACAGCUUGCUGAGCUGCGUUUAUUAAUUUUGUCUUUUUCCACAGCAGUGGGAUGAAUGUUGGAAGCUUAGGAAGCAUAAACACAUAAUCUUCACCUCCAUAAUCAUAUUCUUCUUCUAUCUACUUUCUAAUUAACCAACUAUUAUUAUUUAUUAACCAACUACAUUAAUUAAUCCUCAUUUUUUUUUUUACAUUGGCGGCCACCGCUUUCAUUCUUCGUUCUCUCCAAAUAUUAUAAAACAAAAACAAAGAAUAGAGAAGAAACCAUAUGCAGAGCUCUGAAACUCUGAGAAAACCUCAUUCUGAAGAAAAAAUAGUAUAAAUUUCUGAUUUUUUUCUGAACUGAAACAAAAAAGAUUAUUUUUUUUGAAGAAAAAAGGAAAAUGGCAAGUGGGUAUGGAAAUUGGGAAAUGGAUAAUUGUGAUGUUGGUUUGGGUUUAAAGAUACCAUGGCAAGAACAACAAACCCAGCAGCAGAAUUUAUCUUUUUCAUGGCUUCAUAACCGUCAAAAUUAUACUGAAAAUAGUAAUAAUAGGAGUUCUAGUCCUACAAUUUCUGGGUUUUCUCAAGCUUCUCGUUUUGGUAUUGAUGGAGGAAGAUUAACAUUUACAGCAGGACAAAGGCAAGAAUUGGAAAGACAAAAGAUGAUUUAUAGAUAUAUGAUGUCUUCUAUGCCUGUUCCUCCUGAACUCCUUAUUCAACUCUCCAAAUUCCCUUCUAUUUCCACAACUACUGAUGUAGGAAGAAAAACAGGAGUGGAAACAAGAUAUGGAAGCAAAGGAGGGGAUCCUGAGCCAUGGAGAUGUAGAAGAACAGAUGGGAAAAAAUGGAGAUGUUCAAGAAAUGCUGCACCAGAACAAAAAUAUUGUGAAAGACAUUCUCAUAAAGGCCGUCCUUCUCGUUCAAGAAAGCCUGUGGAAUCAUCUUCAUCAUCAUCAUCAUCAUCAUCAUCUUCUUCAUCUCUUUUAUCUUCUGUUUCUCCUUUAUCUAGUACUACUAAUCCUGUUUCUGCUUCUUCGUAUUGUAACCCUAUUAUUUUCACUCCCUUUUCAAUUCCUAAGCCAUCUUCUUCCUUUGACUUACCUUCUCCUCAUCAAUUCAAUCCUCUUCCCAGGUACCCAGAUUGGUUCCUGAAGAAGGAAGUUGCACCUACUGCAGCAACUCCUACUGAUGCACCUGUUUCUGCUUGUCUGUACACACACCAAAUAACAGCAGGUGAGCCUAACACUGAUACUAAUCACCAAUCUCGUUUCCUUUCUAGGCCUUUUAUUGAUGCAUGGUCUUUAGAUAACCAUGUUGAUCCCAAAGAUGAUAUUAUUGACAAAUGCCCACCUCCUACUUCUUCUCUUAACUCCAUUUUACCACUCACACUAUCUGUCUCGGCCGGGUUAGAACUUGAUCAACAUCAUCAUCAUCAUCAUCAUGAGCCUGAAGACCCCACCAAGGACUUGCCUGAAAUCCGGCUGUCGUCAUCUUCGUCGAAUCAUCAGCCGCUGAGUUGGAUGAGUCCAUGGGUUAGUUCCUCACCGGGUGGUCCGUUAGCCGAGGCAUUGUGUCUUGGAAUGGGUGGAACAGGGAAUGGGGCAAUGGGAAGUCAUUCUGAGGAUCAUUUGGUGUCACCUCAUGGGAAUAGCACAAAUUCUAGUACCACUACACAUAAGGGUAACAUGUCAUAGUACACAAGAAUUUGGUGUUAGGCCUUAAGUGUCCACAUUUCAUGUUGGGGUAAUUUGUCACAAAUUUAGACAGAAUUCUGUUAAAUUUUUUGUAAAAUUUGUAGGUUGGGGACAAGUUUUGGGGUAAUAGUCUAAAAGAUCAGAAAAGCACUUUUUAUGUAGCAGGAGUAAUUUAAAAAAGUUGCUUAUAAAAACUUUUAUUGCCCUUUUA